CAUAUCUUUCUCUGCAGUUCAAACAUAUGAUCUUUCAUAUUAUUCACUUGUAUAUUAAGCGAUUUAUGUCGUUUUGUCGCUGGUGUGAAACAGGCCCAAGUGAACAAACAAAACUUGCAAUUAUUCUAAAUCUGUGUUCUCACAGUGUAGCAAAGGCACUUUAAAUGAGAGAAUGAAGUGCGAACAUCGUAUAAUUAUGCUAAAGCAGUGCUUUUUCGGGUGCUCGAAUUGUGACAAAAAAUGUUUUUGUUCCCUUGAAAUCAGUAAAUGAUCAUCCGUUUACUCUAGAGGCCCUCUGGGCACUCUAAUCUGGUAACUACAGCAACGCUACCUUUUCAACAGAAAUGUUUCUGUGACACAAACGCACAUAUCGCCCGCCCUUAAAGGCGGUUGUUUUGUUUCGGUUGAGUGAAACCAGCGAUGAAAUAAGUGAAGCGAGGCAGUUGUAAAAUAUUUGAAUAUGUAAAUUACAUUAGCUUUCGUAUUACCUUGAUUUAGACACUUAAUCGUUCAAAAACGUUAACAGCACAGUAGUCGAGAUAUUAUCGCCGCAAAAUGGACCACGAGGAUGCCCGUCACCAAAUGAAAAGGCAUUCUCAAUCGGCGACUUCGCAAGAUUCUUCAGCGACGUGUAACCCGUCUAAAUUAACCUUUAAAGCUUAUUUCUUUCUAUUUUUCGCCGCCAUUGGCAGUUCCCUGCCUUAUCUGACAUUGUACUACAAGCAGCUUGGACUCACCGCUGGACAUGCAGGGAUUCUAAAUGGCGUGAGACUCUUUACAGAAUUCAUCGGGUCCCCGUUAUGGGGCAUGGUCGGGGACAAAUUUAGGAUGCGAAAGAUUAUCUUAUUCGCUUCGCUGGUGUCGUAUACAACAGGGACUUUGUUGCUUAUGGCUGUUCAACCGCAAAAUCAACAGUGUGUCAAGACUGAAGCGAAUAAAACUGAGAUAACAUCUCUGAUUUUUACCGCAGGAGGAACGCUAAAAUUAGGAGACGACAAACAAGAGGAAAGAUUUGAAAACCACGCUAGUACUGCACAUUUUACCCGCAAAGUCGACGAAUCCGAAAUCACGAAAAUAUUCAUAAUUUUUCUGGUGAUAAUUUGUACUAGUCAAAUCAUUGGUUCUGUCGUUUUCAGCAUGCCUGAUGCUUUAGUCGUGGGCUUUCUGAAAGAAAAUGUUCACGCGUUCGGAACUUUCCGAAUGUGGGGCGAAGUGGGCGUCGCUGGAGGUUCGUUUCUCGUCGGAGGAGUCAUAAACUUUUACCAAUCGGAGGUGUGCGGUGAGACUGUGAAGAACUACUUCAUUUCAUUCUAUUUCUUUGCUGGAUUCAAUGCGCUGGCAAUAUUCACUGUUAUCUUCAUAAAAGUAAGCUACGCCGAUCUGGAGACAUCAUCAAGCGUUACUAUAUUACCAUUACUGAAAGAACUUCUGAAAUUCCGUAAUGCGGUGAUUAUAAUUAUGGCUACUUAUCUAGGAAUGCUGAACGGCUUGCACGAAUACUUCGGCUUCUGGUACCUGGAUGAUCUCGGGGCCAAGCCCUACAUGUUGGGUAUCGCAUCUGGUUUGCGUUACACCGUAGCUAUGCUCGCGUACUUCGCGUCAGAGGUUGUAAUCACCAAGGUCGGACAUGUGUGCGCCAUAACCGCAAGUUUAGCACUUUACGUAGCGGUGUACCUGGGCCUGGCAUUUGUCCUCAACCCCUGGCUGGGUGUGGUGCUAUACAGUGUCCAGGGAUUGCUGUAUGGCACAAGCUGGGUAGCCUGUGUGGUUUUUGGCGGUACCAUAUCCUUACGACUUGGCUUCUACGCAGUUACACAAGGUGUCCUGGGUGGAUGUUACUGGGGACUAGGAGUUGGCACAGGCAUAGUGAUCAGCGGUCUCCUUAUCAACUGGGUCGGCGUUGCCAAGACUUAUUUCAUUUACUCUAUCACGACAAUAUUUGUUUUAGGUCUGUUUUCAUCCACUCAUUUGUUCGUAAAGUUAAGAGAAGGAAAAAGAGAGAGCGAAGAAAGUUAUAAAUUAGUGGCGACGAGUGAAAAGGAACCCCAGGAAUAACGUUGACGUUUAAUAUACAGGGAUAAAUUAUUGUUUGAAAACUUGGCUUCUUAGAGUUGAACCCAAGCCGCGUGCAGAUGUCUAGUAUGUCUAUUGCUUUCACUUAUUUCAGUGUAAUUUCCAGAUUCCUUGAGUUCUCGAUUUUUCGAACCUUCCGAUAACUCGAACUAGAAGUCGUUUCCCUCUCCUCAGUCGAACAUUGUCAUUUUA